AUGGGCAAAAUCGUACACACUCUGAUAAAUCGUCGUUACGGCGAGCCGAACAUCGCUUAUGCCGAGUCUCACGAUCAGGCCCUGGUCGGUGACAAGACCAUCUCCUUCUGGCUCAUGGACAAGGAAAUGUACACGCACAUGAGCAAAUGCAGCCCUCCUAGUCUGAUCAUCGAUCGUGGCCUGGCGUUGCACAAGAUGAUCCGCUUCAUCACUUUCACUCUAGGCGGGGAGGGUUAUCUGAACUUUAUGGGUUAG